UCCAAGAACCAACAAGAUAAUGGUGAUGAUAAUGACAUUGGUACAUUGUUAAAGAAUAAGUUAUCAAUCAACAACAAUAAUAACAACAUCAACAUCAAUGCGAUAUUCAAGAUAACAGACAAGACAACAUUCACAUUGGCUCAGUCAUCUGCCACACCACUUCUAUCUUCUGCUGUUGUACAACAACCAUCUAGUACUACUACUCAACCGACAAGUAGUAGUAGUGGCAGUAGUAUUGGAUAUGGAUCAAUUGGAGGACUUCAACAACAAGUACAACAGGUCAAGGAAUUGAUUGAGUUGUCAUUCUUUAAAGGUGAUAUACUGUCUCAAUUUGGUAUCAAGCCACCUCGUGGAGUACUCUUAUACGGUCCACCUGGUACAGGAAAGACAUUGUUGGCAAGAGUUGUAUCAAAGGAGAUUGAAUCUACUUUGUUUACAAUCAAUGGAGCUGACAUACUUGACAAGUACUAUGGACAGACAGAGAAGACAUUGCAAGGUAUAUUCAGAGAGGCCAGUCUAAAGUCACCUUCAAUCAUCUUUAUUGAUGAACUAGAUGCACUGUGUCCAAAGAGAGAUGAUAACUCAUCAGAGAUUGAGAAAAGAGUUGUUGGAUGUCUGUUGACAUUGAUGGAUGGUAUUGAGACGGCAAACAAGGUUGUUGUGAUUGGUUGUACGAAUAGACCGGAUUCAAUCGAUUCGGCAUUGAGACGACCAGGUAGAUUCGAUAGAGAGAUAGAGAUUGGUAUACCAAAUGCAUCGAAUCGUGAGGAGAUCCUCAAGAUCUUCCUCAAGCGUAUACCAAACACACUCACUACCAAAGAGGUCACUGACAUUGCAUCCCGUACACAUGGAUUCGUUGGAGCAGACUUGGAAUCAUUGUGCAAAGAGUCGGCACUCAAAUGUUUCCAUCGUAUAACUACUUCAUCGUCAACGUCUACAUCAACAUCAGAUAUAUUUGGUACAUUGCUGACAACAUCAUCAACUUCAUUAUCAUUGGAAAUCAAACAAAUGAUCAAUGUAACAUAUGAUGAUAUGUUAUUGGCAAUGACAGAGAUCAAACCAUCGUCAAUGAGAGAGGUUGUUGUUGAGAUUCCAAAGGUUUAUUGGUCAGACAUUGGUGGACAACAUCACAUCAAGGAGAAGCUAAAGGAGGCCAUCGAGUGGCCCUUGAAGCAUCCAGAGGCAUUCCAGAGAAUGGGUAUCAAGCCACCCAAGGGCAUCCUACUCUAUGGUCCACCCGGAUGCUCCAAGACACUGAUGGCCAAAGCUUUGGCAACAGAGUCUGGUUUGAACUUUAUAGCUGUCAAAGGUCCCGAGUUGAUAAGCAAAUGGGUUGGAGAGUCAGAGCGUGCUGUUAGAGAUAUCUUUAAGAAGGCAAGGAGCAAUGCACCAUCGAUAUUGUUCUUUGAUGAGAUGGAUGGUCUGGCAGUGAGUCGUAGUGGAGAGGGCAGUGGAGCAGUGGAGAGAGUGGUUAGUCAACUGUUGAACGAGAUGGAUGGUAUGCAACCAUUGACAAAUGUUACCAUCGUAGCUGCAACCAAUAGACCUGAUCUAAUUGACAAAGCCAUUAUGAGACCAGGUAGAAUUGAUCGUAUACUAUAUAUUUCGCCACCAGACUUUGAUUCAAGGAAGGAGAUACUCAACAUCCAUCUAAAGAAGGUUCCACAUACUGAUGAUGUGAAUGUUGAUCGAUUGGCUACAAUGACUGAUGGAUUCAGUGGAGCAGAGGUUGCUGCCAUCUGCAAGGAGGCAUCGAUAUGUGCCAUGAAGGAGGACCUAAAUGCUGAACGUGUGACCAUGCUCCACUUUGAGGCUGCUAUUGGCCAGGCAAAGAAGGGUAUCACCAAUGACAUGAUCGACUUCUAUUCAAAGUAUCAAGAACAAUCAGGUCUUCAGAAGUUGUGA